ACCCCACACUUACAGGUUCAGCCUUCUUCUUUCUUUCUGCUGAGUUCUCUCAGCCUCCCUUCCUUUUCCGAUUCCCCAUUUUAUUUUCGGUCUAAAUUUCCCCGACCGGAACCUCCUCCUUCUCGUCGUGGCAUCACCAUGGUCUUCGACCAUUCAUUCGGCCAACCCGAAGCCGGAAAAAGAACGGUCUUGGUGGGAGUCAAGCUGGACUCCCGGAGCCGGGAGUUGCUCACCUGGGCUCUCGUCAAAGUGGCUUUGCCUGGAGACCAAGUUAUUGCUGUUCAUGUCCUGGACGCCAUUAGUGAGGGUCCGUCCUCUUUGCUCUCUUUGGUGAAAACAUUCGAUUCUGUGCUCUCCGUCUACGAAGGUUUCUGCAAUUUGAAGCAGGUUGAUCUGAAGCUUAAACUAUGUAGAGGCAAAUCAGUCCGGAAAGUUCUUGUAAGAGAGGCGACAUCGUACCCUUCAGCCAUAGUUGUGGUUGGUAUAUCCAAAACCCAUCACAGAAUUCUUUCUUCGGCUUCAGUCGCCAAGCACUGUGCUGCAAAACUCUCCAGAUGUUUCACUGUUUUCGCCGUUGAUAAUGGCAAAGUUAUCUUUAAGAGGGAAGCUACUGAAUCUGAUCAGUCUAAUGGUAGUGAGAACUAUGUUGGUCUACUUCAAAAAUCACUUACCAUGAAUGUAAAGGUACUGGAUGAGGGAGAGACGUAUAAAUAUAAAUGUCAUCAUCGUAUACGAAAAUCCUGUUCCAAGUGUAGAAACAAAACCCAGAAGAGGGAUUGUGUUAGCUGUACCACAGUGACAGUGUUGCCGGAGAAUUCCACAACCCAUUUAGAUUUAGAGGACAAUUUGUCCAAUAGUGACUCUGAGGAUAAUUCAUUGGCCUUGGUACCAAUUCAGGCACACCUGGCUCCUUCUAAUUCUUUGGUGAUUCGAGAUUCACAAUGCUUGAAACCUGGAUGGGCAUUGCUCCGUCGUAUGUUUUUACCAAAGCGGCAAUUCAUUGAGAAAUCUGUUAAAAAAACGUCUGUGUUACAGUGGAUAUUGAGACUACCGAGUUGGCAUUGUUCAGCAGUAGUUUAUCCAGAUCAGAAGCAAAGCAUUAUGUGUCAUCAGGAUGAGGAUCAUUGCUCUAAUCUUGGUGGAGAUAGUGGAGCUAUUGUGCCAUUUGGCUAUAGUAUCAGCUCGCCUCUUUUACCCAACAGUGGCUUAGAUAGCUUUCCUAAAGAAUUGUUGAAUUUACAUGAAAAGUACUCAGCUACGUGCAGAUUAUUUAGUUUCCAGGAACUUUUGCAGGCAACAUCGAACUUCAUCCCAGAGAAUAUGGUAGGCAGAGGUGGCAGCAGUAGUGUUUAUAGAGGAUGUCUCUCUGAUGGAAAGGAAUUGGCAGUCAAAAUGUUGAAGCCAUCAGAAGAUGUGAUAAAAGAAUUUGUUCAGGAAAUUGAUAUUAUUACGGCUCUAAAUCACAAGAACAUAAUCUCCUUAUUUGGUUUCUGUUUUGAGGAUGUAAAUUUACUCUUGGUCUAUGAUUUUCUUUCAAGAGGAAGCCUGGAAGAGAACCUUCAUGGUCCUAAGAAGGAUGGAAAAGCAUUUGGUUGGCAAGAGAGAUAUUAUGUGGCUGUAGGCGUAGCUGAGGCAUUGGAAUAUUUGCACAAUGAUUGUAAGGAACCUGUGAUUCACAGGGAUGUUAAGUCCUCAAAUAUCCUUCUCUCCGAUGAUUUUGAACCACAGCUCUCAGACUUUGGACUUGCUAGUUGGGCUUCAGCUUCGUCGCAUAUUACUUGCACAGACGUAGCAGGAACUUUUGGCUACUUGGCUCCAGAGUACUUCAUGCAUGGCAAAGUGAGUGACAAAAUUGAUGUCUAUGCUUUUGGUGUAGUGCUCCUUGAGCUUCUUUCUGGUAGAAGGCCAAUCAACAGUGAAUACCCUAAGGGGCAGGAAAGCCUUGUAAUGUGGGCAAGGCCAAUAUUAAAGAGUGGGAAGGUUUCCCAACUUCUAGAUCCAGACCUUGGCUGUAGUGACUCUGACCAGAAAAAGAUUGAGCUAAUGGUUAUGGCUGCUACUCUUUGCAUUAGACGAGUGCCUAGAUUACGGCCUCAGAUCAGUGUUGUUUUGAAGCUCCUCCAAGGUGACGAGGAAGUCACAAAAUGGGCAAGGCAACAAGUGAGUGGCGCAGAAGAUCAAGAAGAGGCCAUAGACGGAGAGCCACUUCCCACUAACAUUCAAUCCCAUCUAAAUUUGGCAUUGCUAGACAUGGAGGAUGACUCUCUUUCUGUUAGCAGCGGCGAGCAAGGCAUCUCACUGGAGGAUUAUUUGAGAGGGAGAUGGAGCCGUUCAUCAAGCUUCGACUAACAAAAAAUUUGUUUGCGAUGGGGAAAGGUUUUUGGUAAAUUCAAAAUUUUUGUGUAUAUUCAAUUAUUGUACGUACGUGGUCAUUUCGGCAAAUGGCAAUGGCUUCUGGUUAGUCUGUCUGUAUCAAUUGUAAACAUAAACAAAGCUGGGUCUUGGAAGAGAGGUCGAUGGAAAUGCUUUUGCCCCCCUCCUUGACUUGUGUGGCAAUGAGAAAUUUUAUGGAUUUUGGCAACGCAAAAAGUAGAGGUAUGGUUUUGAACAAAUCAACGCGUCACCUUUCUCAAGUUAUAAGUCCAGCAUCAGCGUUUAAAAUGUAUUAUUGUAUGUGACGGUAAAAGUGCCUUAUCCUACUUUCUACUUGAAUAUGCUUUAAGUUA